AUGGGGCAGGGAAGGGCUGAAAAGAAGGAAGGUGGAGCAAAAAGACAGGGCGUCAACUAUAGAAUGGACAUGGACUACGUGGAGCUUCCACCAGUGCAAGUCGCAGUGAAUGACCUUCAUGAAUUCAUAGAAGAAGAAGACAGCAAUUUCCCAGAGUUCAACGAGCAGGUGCAAGACUUGAUCACGAUGACGGGGAUGGGAGUGGAUCCUGCUGACCCAACUUUAGCAAGUUUUGGACUGGCAAUCGUGCCCGGACGGCGAAGAGUGUCCGGUUCGGACUUAGAGGAGGCAGGUCUGGCGAGUGUUUCAGGGACGGUUGACGCGCAGCAGCUCCAGCGAGAGGUGUUCCGGUCAGGGCCGUUUUACGCGCAAUGGUUUGAGAGGUGGCGGAGCGGUUGGGUGGUGACCGGUUAUCUUGACGGAGACCCCGCCGAAACGCGGGCGCGGUUGCAGGCAAGGCUCGACCAACAUUUUCCCGAGCUCAAGCUGGUCGUUUUCCUGCUCAACACCCCCCAAGAGGUCCCCUGGUGCCUCAUCCUCCCCGCCGAUGAGCCCGUCGCGUUCGCCGUUCUUCCUGAGUUCCGCCAGGCCGCCUUUGCGAGCGCAGUCGUCAGCGCGCUCGUCAUGUGGAUCUGCAAGGGCAUUGCCAUCGCGGAUCCCCUCCUGCUUAAGGGAGAGGAAGCGGCGAUCGCCCUCGCCGCUCUCCCCUUGGGCCUCCUCUCCAUCCUCUUCACCGGCUCAGUCGCGCGGUCCGCCGUCGCCUCCCUGUACGGCGUACGGGACCGUUUCCCGAUCCCCCUCCCAAUGCCGGGGUUAGGGGCCAUCGGCAUGACGGCCGGACUGCGGGGAGUGCUGCCUAGCAGGGCAGCACUCAUUGACAUCCCCCUCGCUGGUUCUCUAGCGACUGCCGUCACCUCCGUCGCCAUGAUCACCAGCUCCCACUCCUGGCUCGCCUGGCGCUUCCCGCAGUCGGGGCCCCUCAUCCUAGUUCCGCCCGAGACGCUCCACCACUCGUUCGUCCUCUCGUACCUGGUCUUCCAGCUGCAAAAGGCGUCUGUCGUCGGCCCCGGUGACGUCAUCUACAUGGCGAUCCACCCGCUCGCUUUCGCAGGUUUGCUAGGCCUGAACGCCACCGCUCUGAGCCUGCUGCCCCUCUCCAAGACGGACGGCGGCCGGAUCGCGCAGGGGCUCUUUGGGCGCCAGGGGCAUCUGCUGGCAACGGCCGCCACCUUUGCGCUCGUCUUGGUCGGCUUCAUCUUCGGAGACACGGCGCUGUCUGUCGCGUUGUACGCGUACAACUGGAACGACAACCGGGGGGAGUGGUACCAGAAGGAUGAGGUUUCGGACGUGGGCUUCCUGCGGACCUUCGUCGCGUUCGUCACGAUGGCCUUGGGGGUCAUCGUGCUAUCGCCGACGUUCAGCUGGAUCCCGUUCCACUCCCUGGUCAAGUCGGCGAACCACGUGCAAACGCUGUUGCCAACGUGGGGGAACAUGUGAAAUUAAGUUUGCGAGAGCGACCUUAGCUACGUCAAAAUACCCUUCUUGUAUUAAGUAGACUUGCUCACGACCUCAGAGUAAGCGCCGUAGGUUUAGCGUCUAGAUUGAGACCAGUCAUUGUUGCAGGCUCUGUUGUCAGGCUCCGAAGCGCCUUGGCUGCCGAGCGCCUUGACUCAACUUCCACGGACGUGAUAGGAAGUGAGUCCGACCGUGGACUCAACCGCGUCGGAACAAAUGUACAACGGUGAAAAUCGAACAUGUCUGAAUGAUAGGGUGUGAGCCGUACGUGUUUGACGAACUGUUGAUUCUAUUCAUGUUUGAAGCUGCAGCAUGCAACCGCUUUAUCCCC